GACCAGACCAUCCACACGGCAUGCAGCUCAUUACCGGCCCCGUUGUUGCUCCAGGCCGUCCUCAACACACUGAUCUCGACCCCAGUGUGACCUCGGUGUACCCGAUGACCAGGGCGCAGGAAGGCAUUUGGAUGGCUUACUCUGCUCAGCCCCAACAUACGCUGUACAAUCUGACGAUGAAAUUCACCCUGGACGCGUCGGACGCCUAUUCGAUGGAGAAAGUUCUUGCCGGCAUCCAGACUCUGACCGCUCGCCACGGAAUACUCCGGUCCACCUUCCACGGCAACAAGUCCGUGUUGCCGGUCCCGUUCGUGGCUGAGUGGGAUAGCCAUUCCUCGCUGCCCUCUGUCCGAUUCGUUUCGGAACCGAAGUCUCCUCUCGCCAAAAUGCACCUGCAGAAGCUGCUCCACCAGGCUGUGCCCUUGUCGGACGAGUUCGCUGUUCGCUGGAUUGUCGUCAAGUUUCAAGGCGCACUCGAGGUCUAUGUGAUUGCGCAUCACAUUGCCUUGGACGGAACCAGCAUGAGUGAGCUCAGUGGGGAGCUCCUGGGUCUACUCGACGGCAAAGUCGAGGAGAGCAAGUCGGUGACCGAGAGCUUUCAGAAGGCUCAUAUGAUGGAGUCUGUGUUCAGGGGCUCUGGCGCCUUCCAGUUGGCCAGAGAGUUUUGGCUCUCGCAAAGCCGGUCCACUUCGUCAAUCCAGUGGAAGGGUCUCCCGAAAUCAUCCGGAUCUGAGAACUACCGUGAGAUUUCGAGAUGGUCCGAGUUCAGUAAAGACGAACUGGCGCAAUGGAGUGCACGGCAUCGGACGUCGUGGUUCAGAGUCGCACUAGCCGUAGUCGCGCUCCUCACCCAAGCGCACUCAAUCCCAGGGUCAUCCCGCGACCAGACGCUGACCGUGGCGUUCGGCGGCCGUCCCAAGGGCCUUGAUCGAACCGUGGGACACUUCGCCAACGCGCUCCCGAUCCGCGUCCCCGUGACUGAGCUGAUCCGAUCAUCGUCCACCAUCACCUUCGACGCGCUGCUCCGCCUGCUUUCGACCACCGUGUCGGCUGCGAAGAAACAUGAGCGCUUCUCGUUCACGGACCUGUCGCAAGCGUGCCUCGAGGAGGGCUGCAUGCCUCCGCGGGCGCAGGUUGCUGUGACGCUGUCUCCGAAGCUGGAACGCGAGGAGUGUGAGCUGUACCCCGUCGAGGGCCCAUAUGAUCUCUUCUUCUGCUUUUUGGAGGGCGCUGAUAGUGUCUCUCUCGGGGUCAUCUACGACCCGACUUUGUUCGAUCAAAAGUCCAUUGCGUCUCUCAAGGUGGACUUUGAACAGAUCGUGACCCAAGCCAUGGCGGAGACACCGUUCGAUCUCAAACCGCUCCUGGAUAGCCGUAUCCCAUGUCUUCUACCGACCGUCGACCCCACCGAUCUGGUCGAGGUCAGCAAGCGCCGUUUCCAUGUCAUGUUCGAGCACCAGGCCGCUCGCAACCCCGACGCGCUUGCCAUGACUUGCGCAGAGAGAGAGGAGUCCAUGACGUAUGGAGAGAUGAAUGGGCGCGCGAACCAGAUGGCGAAUGCGCUGCGUCAGUUGGGAAUGGGCCGCACCAAUGUUGUACUCUUGCACUUGCAGCGGGGACUCUCUACCCUGUGCUGGAUCUUGGCCGUCCUCAAGGCCGGUGCGACAUAUGCCAUCGCUGAUCAAGGCCACCCUCUUGAACGGACGCGAAGUGUCAUGACGGUCGCCGAACCGGACCUGGUUGUGGAUGACGGCAUGGGUGUCGAUGUUGGGUUCUUCUCAGGGACUGUGAAGACCUUGCGCACGCACACUUGCUCUCUCGACGGGUUCUCGAAAGAUAAUUUGAACGAUGUAUCGCAAGACGAAGAUCUAGCGUACAUUGUCUUCACUUCCGGUAGCACCGGCCAGCCGAAAGGCGUCGAGAUUUCCCACAGCAACCUUUCGAAUUGGAUCGCUUCUGCUCACGGGUCGGGAUACUUCGCCAUGGGCCCCUUUUCACGUGUCCUGCAGUUUGCGACCUUUGCUUUUGAUGCAGCCGUGCUUGAAUGGUCCCUGGCGCUUUCUCUGGGAUCCAAUUUGUGCUUUGCCAAUACACCCCAGGCCCUGAUCGGCGACUACCUCGCGGACGUCAUCGACAAGAAUCUCGUAACCCAUAUGCACCUCACUCCCAGUGUGCUUGGGACUCUGCCGGCGUCGAGAAGGUUGCAGAGCCUAGAGUGCAUCAGUGUAGGCGGAGAGAUGGUCCCGGAUAACCUUAUCGAACGUUGGAGAACGAGAGUGACCCUGCAGAAUGCUUAUGGGCCGACUGAAGCAACGGUCGUCAUGGCUCACCGACCUCAGCCCAGUUCCCCAGGCGAGGUUGCGCCCUCCGCGGCGAACAUCGGCAAACCGCAUUCGCCCAUGGAGGUGUUUGUGUGCAACCCUUCGUUCGACCGACUGCUGGCUGUCAACGAGAUCGGAGAGGUCUGUCUGGCCGGCCCGCAACUUGCCCGAGGUUACCGCAAUCGGGCCGACCUUACGAGCGAACGAUUCGCAGUCCAUCCCCAGAAUGGCAAGCGGAUGUACAAGACGGGGGACCGCGGCAAACUGUUGGCCGAUGGCACCGUGGUCUUGAUGGGCAGAAUGGAUCCAACGUUGAGGAUCGACCUGGAUGACCUGGAACGCACCAUUCUGGCUGUGAUGCCGUCCAUCAUCAGCGUCUCGGUCCAGUCAUCUCCGUCGGGCAACGACUUGUGUGUGUUCGUUUCGCCACAAACUGUUGAUGGGACCGAGCUGAAGCGGCUCCUCGCGCUUCGGGUUCCGAGCUACAUGGUUCCGAGGAAUGUGUACUGUCUGCAGCGGCUGCCCUUAAACACGAGCGACAAGACGGACCACAAGGUGAUCAAGCUGCGCAUGGAUGAGCUGAUCAGGGACGCCAAGUUUCCUUCCGGAGGCUCUACACCCAUCAGCACGAGCUCAGACGAAGACGACCUGAGUUCGAUUGAGGAUUCCAGCCGUAGCUCGACCUUGGCAGAUUCGACCUUGCUCCAGGCCGAUGAAUCGAUGUCGCAUCAGGAACUGACUAACAUCUGGAUCGAACUCCUCGAGCUGAAGUCAGCGCCCUCUGGGAAGAGCAGCUUCUUCGAUCUCGGUGGGAACAGCUUACUCGCGCAGACGCUCAUCGAGAGGGUCAGGGGACAACUCCCUACGGGGUCCUUGACGGUGUCUGUUUUGGACCUUUUCACCUACCCGUCGUUGGAAGACUUCAUUCCCUUCGUUCAGAGUCGUGCUCCGCCCAAAAUCGCAAGUCCUGUGGUCAAGGGUACUCGGAUUUCCAGGCAGUCCUCCACCAAGUCGCUCACAGUAGCCAACGAUGUGGACACCAUCUCGAGCCUGACGAAUAUCUGGAAGUCAGUUUUGCAACUGGAUCGGGUGAAAGAGGACGCGAGCUUCUUCGAUGCUGGCGGAAACAGUUUGUUGAUGACAACUUUGCAUCAGUCUAUCCUCCAGUCCUGGCCAGGCUGCGGCGUGCAGCUCAUCCACCUGUUCCAGAACGCGACUAUCCGGAGCCAAGCUCAGUUGAUCACGGUGCCGUCGCCUGCCAGUCGGUCCGCACCUUCUCUGAAAGCUCGCAAGAAGAAAGCAAGUGUCACUGGGAAGAAGGAGCGAGCAGCUAGGAAGGAUUCCACCAGUCCAGAAGAAAGCAGAGACAUCGCAAUCGUCGGGAUUGCCGGCCGGUUCCCUGGCUCAUCAUCGCCCCAAGAGCUCUAUCAGCUUUUGCUCGACCAGACUGAAGGUUUGACACAUCUGUGUCCGGAUUCGCCAAUCGAGGUGUUCCCCGGCGGGGUAUAUGUACCGCAUCGAGGUGCAUUGAAAGAUGUUUGGGAGUUUGAUGGUGCUCGAUGGGAUAUCAAAGCCGAAGAGGCUGAGGAGAUGGAUCCGCAACAGAAGCUGCUCAUGACCGUUGCCCAAGAGGCUCUGGAAGAUGCCAGUGCGGUUCCGCCUGCUUCCGGACCGAACAAGAUCGGGCUGUUUGUCGGAGCUGCACCCUCGACCUGGGUUCCCAGCAAGCCAGACGAGGAUGCGUUCCACCAUGCGCACCGAGAGGCGCUGACGCCCUGUCUUUCAGCCCUCACGGCAUACCACCUGAAUCUCCAGGGGCCGAAUGUGACUCUCCAUACCGCAUGUUCUAGUGGCUUGGUCGCCAUGUCUUUGGCUGUAGACAAUCUCCGCUCGAAGACGUGUGAUGUCGCAGUCGCUGGCGGAGUCUCAGUUGCAUUCCCACAAGCUGGAUAUAUUACUGCGCCCGCACGCUUGUUCUCGCCGUCUGGGCACUGCCGACCUUUCGACUCGCGAUCCGAUGGCACACUGCCGGGAGACGCUGUCUGUGCGCUGGUGCUCAAGCGGCUAGGUGACGCUGUUCGUGAUGGGGACGACAUCUACGCCGUGGUCAAAGGGAUGGCUGUCGGCUCGGACGGAAAGCCCGGGAAGGCGGGUCCCGUUGUUCCCAGCCCCAGAGGGCAAGCGCAGAGUGUGAAAGAUGCCUGGACAGAUGCGGGGGUCAGCGCAGGGAAGCUAGUCUAUGCUGAACUGCACGGUAGUGGGACACCUAUUGGUGACGCACUCGAGCUGGAAGGCUUGAAGAUGGCUCGACGAGAGCUCGGAGUAGAGCAGAUGCCGUACAUCGUCGGAUCAAACAAAGGAAAUUUGGGCAACUGCGAGGCAGCGUCUGGAUUGGUCUCUGUGAUCAAGCUCGUGAAAUCCAUCCAACAUGGCGUGAUCCCACCGCUCCAAUCCUUCGAACAGCCCAACCCGGUCAUCGACCCGACACUCAAGAUCUCGUUUGCCAAGAACCCGGUUCAGUUGUCACCUGACGCCUUGCUCAGUGCAUCGAGCAUCGGUCUCGGUGGCGUCAACGCUCAUUGCGUGCUGGCAUUCCCUCCAGCGCAGCAUACGAGAAAGGCGUCGGUCGAGGUGAUGCCCAUCAAGGCGUCGGUCGAUGUGUUGCUCGAGGUGCCUGGUCCGAAAACGAGACUCCCAGAGGUCGCGUCGGCUGGACAUCUCGUGCUUCGCCAUGUUCGAACUAUCCUCGGUACGGACGAGAUUGAUUCUACGACAGUGUUGAGGGAUGCCGGGCUGGACAGUCGCGGCCAGAUGGCUCUCUUGCAUCAGCUGCAGCAAGGAGGGUGCCACAUUCCCCUCUCGGCGUUCAUCGACCCAGCGUGCACGGUCGAAACCAUUGUAGCAUCGAUCAGUGCCUCGCUUCCUUCCUACGUCUCGUUCUUGCAACAAGCGCCGACAGGGACUACCUACGUCCUCAUCGCACCAGGGGGAGGCAGCUGCCUGUCGUAUGCUGCGCUGGCGCGUCAUUUACCGGCAGACUCGACCAUCAUCGCGCUCGAUCACCCUGCGUUCCACGGCAUCGACUCGGAUUGUGGCAUCAACGAGCUCGCCGGGAGAUACGUGAAGGACAUGCCGCCCACUUGUCGCGAUGUCGUGCUUGUAGGCGCCUCGUUCGGUGGACUGGUCGCGACGGCGAUGCUGGGCCCCAUGCAGGAGGCCGGAAUCCAAGUGCGGGCGGUGGCCCUCAUCGACAGUCCGUUCCCGGGAUCCACCCCCGCCGACGUCUUGCUGACUGCGGGCGCGUUUUUGCGCAACGUGUUUGCUCCGGAGACGAGACCUGCGCUCUCCGCCGAGGAGGAUACCCUCGACCUUGUGACGUUCGCGGCUCGACAUGGGAUUGAUCUCCGUGCGCUGGCCGGGACGUAUGACAAGAACGUGAAGGCGAUGGCCGACUGGUUGCCGUCCGGAUCCCACGCCACUCCUGCGCUGUACGUCGCUGCGGCAGCUGACGAGGUCGACGAGCGCUGGCAGGCGGUAUAUGCUGGUAUGUCCAUCGAGCGAGUUGAGGGCGAACAUGCCAGUGCCUGGAUCGGGGACAACGCUGCCAAGGUUGCGGGCUGGAUCGAAAAGAUACUCAGCGCGCACUAAGCCAAAUCGAAUGUAUUGUUAGUUUCAAAGUUGUUUCUUGUACAGCAUGUGCUCGUAUUCCAAUGUAUAUCAACUAUCACUCUUUGUCCUUGCGA